GGCUGUUGUGUUCGAUGCCCCGCCUGUGUCUAUGUGGCCUCGACUGAAGUGUUGUUGUUUUUGCAUUGCGGCUCAGAAAUGUGCAGAAUUUGGGGAGAGAACAGGCAGUGAGCAGUAAGAGAGCUAAAAAAGUUUAGCUCGCCUGCAGCUGCUAGCUCUGCAGCACAGUCACUGGCCCAUUAAACAUCAGAUAACAUGGCGAGCAAAGCGUUGCAAAGCCUGGGCCGUGCAUUGUGGCAGGGAAGCGGGCGGUCUGCGCGUGUCUGGGGCUCCGCGCACGUACCAGCACUAGCGUGCGGUACCGCUGCUUCCUGCGGCCCGGACAAGAAGUGUUGCGAGGUUCGAGACAGCACUAGCAGCGGCCCCGUCCCACCACAGACACAGCGGCCUCAACUCAGACCGAAAAAGCGCAGCGAGGACCCUGUUCCAGUGUCAGGACGGUCAUACUCGUCCAGCGCCCCGAAACUGGACACCAAGACGUACCUCUGGGCGCGCUACAAUGAAAUGAAACGACUGGUGCACGAUCUGCUUCCACCUGGUGUAUGCAAUCUGUUGAAUCCAGCAACAAUCUAUGCUAAUAAUGAAGUGAAUCUGGCAGAGGUUGACAUCUAUGGAUUUGACUAUGAUUAUACAUUGGCUCUCUACUCUAAUGCAUUGCACUCCAUGAUAUUCAACACAGCUCGUGACUUUCUUAUUGAGAAUUACAAGUAUCCGGAAGGCAUCAGAAAGUAUGAUUUCAUCCCUAAUUUUGCAGCCAGAGGACUCCACUAUGACAUUCAAAAGGGUUUGUUGAUGAAGAUAGAUGCUUUUCAUUAUAUCCAGCUGGGAACUGUAUACAGAGGUCUUCAGCCAGUGCCAGAUAAGGAAGUCUUGGAACUUUACAAUGGUACACACCAUGUUCCACUUAAUCAAGUCAGUGGAUUCUAUGGCAAGGGCCCCAAGAUGAAGCAGUUCAUGGAUAUUUUUUCAAUUCCUGAAAUGACACUGCUGGCUGUUGCUAAUGAUUACUUCAUUAGCAACAAUAUUGAAUAUGAUCCAGUUCACCUGUACAAGGAUGUGUCGGAUACUAUCCGAGAUGUGCACAUCAAAGGUUACAUGUACAAAUGGAUCAUGCAGGAUCUAGAGAAAUAUAUUCUUCGAGGGGAUGAAACCUAUGCUGUGCUUCACCGUCUUGCCAACAAUGGAAAGAAACUUUUUCUCAUCACAAACAGUCCCUUCAGCUUUGUUGACAAAGGCAUGAAUUAUAUGGUUGGAAAGGAUUGGAGAGAUUUUUUUGAUAUCAUCAUAGUCCAGGCUGAUAAACCCCAUUUCUUUAAUGACUGUAUUAAACCUUUUCGGCGGCUUGACAGGAAUGGUGACUUGCAAUGGGACAAAAUCAACAACCUUGACAAGGGUCAGAUUUACAAACAGGGUAACCUGUUUGAUUUCUUGAGGUUAACUGGCUGGAGAGGAUCCAAAGUGCUUUAUUUUGGUGAUCAUCUGUACAGUGAUUUAGCUGAUUUAAUGUUGCGUCAUGGCUGGAGGACUGCUGCCAUUGUGCCUGAGCUUGAAAUUGAAACAAAAGUAGUGAAUACAGAGCAAUAUGCACAAUCUCUUACCUGGCUUCAAGCUCUCACUGGGCUUCUGGAACGAAUGCAGAUGCAUCGUGACCCUGAAUCUCAAAAGGUUCUCCAGGACUGGCUUAAAGAGAGAGAAGAGCUGAGGGCAAUUACCAAGAACCUCUUCAAUCCUCAAUUUGGUAGCAUCUUCCGUACGUGCCACAACCCCACAUACUUCUCCCGCAGGCUCUGCCGUUUCUCUGAUCUCUACAUGGCAUCCUUGAGCUGUCUGCUGAAUUAUGACCUUAGCUACACCUUCUACCCCCGGAGAACCCCUUUGCAGCACGAGGCUCCCUUAUGGAUGGACCAGCUGUGCACUGGCUGUAUGAAGACUCCCUUCCUUGAGGAGAUGGCUCACAUUCGCUAAAGAAGCUGGGGAGAUUGGAAAGGGUGAUCUCAUGCAUUUAUGGGUGUUGUUGAAUACACUUCCUUCAUUUUGUGGACCAUAUCUUGUCUGAAACGACAAUACUUAAAAGAGUGAGCUCUAAGAAAGAGCAGCAAAAUUGGGAUGGCACUCCUGGAUGUCUUGAAAAUUGCACUUGUAAAUUAAGGUGGAACACGAUCUUGGAAGCAAAAGGUUUAAAAUAAAACUAUGCAUUGGAAUGUUGGAAUCCACUAUUGUGUUCAUGGGAGUGCUGGAGGUUGAACAUGGAAUUGGGAACAGAUGUUGUAAAUGGAUAACUGCGUUGAAGUUGAAAUGGACAAAACGCCUAGAAUCAUGCUGCAUUUUUUAAUCUUUCAACCUGUUUCUGUAUAAUGGGUUUGUGUGGUCAUGUUGGGUUUUUUUUUUGUUUGUUUUUAUAUAAAUGCACUCCUGUAAAUUUAAAAUUGUUGCAGGCAUAGUACAGUAUUUAGAAAAGGUAACAGAAGUGAAUAUUAAGAAUUGACCAUCUCUUGGCACUAAUGUCAGCUAACCAAGUAUUUCUGUUUCUAAUGUCUUUCUUAAUUUGUAGACAACUGUUGAGGAAUUUUCUUUUCAUUUUUUUUUACAGCCAAAGUACUCAACAGUUAUAAUAUGGUUAGUUCUGAAUAUUACACAUUUUCUGAUUUAUUUUACCCAUCUUUCACUUUGGCCUAAAUUUCUUGUUUAGAUAACACAUUUCAAAGAAAAGUUUUCUCUUUCCUUCACAGAGCUAGCCCCAGGUUUUUCCUUUCAUAUAGAACCAUAUGUUGAGUAAUCUUAAACUGCUGACCAUUGGUGGCAGGAUGGUUAUUUUUUAAUAUGAUGAUGAUGAAUGUUAGGAAACAAAAAGUUUGGUUUCUGAGUAUUAAUAGAUAAGGCAGCUCUAUAAACUGCCUCUGUUAAUCAACAUGUUUUCUGAAUUAAAUGGAACUAGAUGUUAAAUAUAAUAUUUGCAGAACCAUUUAAUGGAAAAUUUGAUCAAACAUUCACAGAGAAGCAUAUAGAAUGUUAACUGCUAAACUGGAGUCAUUUGUGAAUGUCAAUGUGGGGAAAUAUUUUGGAGAAGUAAUGUGCUUGAUGAAUUUUGCUUUGUUCGUCUCAUUCUUCUUGAAGCCCUGCUUGAGAGGAGUUACCUGCCUUGUCGCUGCUGUAUCCCUAGCAGUUGAGUAGCACAGCAUGCUGCGGGCUGGUAAAGCUUUGCUCUCCUGGCAUCGGGUGUUUUACCAGACCUGCUCCCCUGAUCCGUGUGUUUCUGUUACCUCUAGUCAUUUUUUUUAUUUAAUGCAGGAGAAAGUUGGUACCAAAAUAAGAGCGGAAUGAGAGGAAAGCUGGUUUUAAAUGUUGUACAGUCUUGUCACUAACUAGUAAGUAAGAUGUAAACUUUGUAUUUUAUGUUUAACAGUUUUUUAAGGCUUAUGUGAUGCUUAUUAUUUGUAUAGGGGGACAAUCUAAUUUGGUUAACAAGUUUGAAAAUGCUUUAAAAAUUUCCACUAGUUUUAGCAGUUUCCUUUAAAAAAAAACAAACUGGCUGGAAUCACUAAAGUGUAGAUGUUUGCCCCAAUCUCCACAUUUACUAACUUGGGGACAUUUACACCAGUCAGCUGUUGUCGUCUCUUCAUCUGAAGUGACUCGUUGUGAUGCUCGUUAUGAAUGAUAUUUAGUUUCCACACACGUUAUCAAAUCUCAUUGCUUACCCUUAAAGCAAAUGGCAGCGCAGCAUUAGGCAGCAGUAGUUUCAGAAGCAUAAAGCCAACCCAUUCCAAAUUUGUAGCUGCAAACAGGCCCAGCUUUCUUUUGUUACUUGAUAUUUGUUGUUGUUAUUGAACAGUAUUGUGUAUGAAGCAAAGCACACCAGUAAAGUCAACACAAUGUCGGAACAAGCUCAAACAGGCACAGGGAAAAAAUGUAAAACGUGGAGAGAGCUGGUGUUCUCCAGGCUGGUGCAGUGUAAAUAUUGCUUUGGUGCUUCCUCUCGUUUUAUUUAGCCUUAUUCAUUGUAACAGAAGUUUGUACCGUAACCGCUAGACGCACAACAUUGUCCCAGUUUUACAACUUUAUGUAUAGUAGAGUUUUUUUUUAAGUAAGAUUAUUAUUGUUGUUGAUUAUUUCAAGGGUUGUUUUUGUUGUUUUGGGUUUUUUUUUUUUUUUUUUUUUUUGGCCUUUGUAUUGCUCGAGAUAUCGGAUUGGUAUUCCAGGAUUAUAUGAUUGCACCUGUUCCAUUCUGACAAACGUCCCAUGGCGUUUAGCCUAAUUUGAUGUUUGAGGAUAGGUAACCUGGCAGAAGCAUUUGGUGAAGGCAGUUCUAAUUUGAUUAUGAACGAUGUUGUUUGGGUUUUGCACACAACGGCAGAUGUGCUGUGUUUAAAGCAGAAGAGGCAGAAGACUUGAGCAGCGUCUGUUGAGUUAAACCCCACUGGUUUACUCGUAGCAUGCAAGCCUGUGUUUUGUGUACCCCUGGUACUCUGGCUGCACGCUCUUCUAUCCUCUGGAAUGGCCCUACUUCUGGGUUUUUUUUUUUAUUUACAGUCAGGGUGUGAAUUACUGCACUUUUUUAAAUGUGUUGUUGGAAUGUGUUACAGUUUAGUUUUAUUAUUUUAGUUAAAACUCAAACAGGUCAAUUGAACUUAAAAUAUUCACAGCCCUGUUGGUGUUUGUCCUAUUUGUGCACCACGUAACUACUGGCUGGACAUUUUAUCUAGCUGAUACACAGAACUGUAUACAGAAUUAAGACCUUCAUGAGCAGGCAGAAGCAUCAACCGCACACCAUGCUGGUACACUAGGUAAAUUCCUGUUUACUUGGUUUUCAACUGUUGCUGUGAAGUUAAUUAUAUUCUGCUGUUUAGAGAAAUAGGCCUUUAUGGAAUCAACUCUUAUAAUUUACUGAAAAGAAGUCAUUUAGAAUGCUAGAGGUUUGAAAUUACUUUCCAUUCUGCAUUGCUUGCACUGAAAACUAAUCUCAAAAAUCUCUAAAUAAACUACCUAAUUUUGUAAUUAAUUGCGUCCUUAUAUAUGCAUAGAAUGGAUAAAGUCAAAUCAGAAUAGGAUUAGCCAAAGUGUGAUCUGUAUAGAACAAAGUAAAUAUCCAGAAAUGCCAUUUUAACCAGUUUUGUUUAGCAGUGAUUGGUUACAAUACAUGAAAUAAGAACUAGGUUUUUUUAAACUACCACAAUAAAAAAAAUGUACCGGGGAAAUGUUCUUGUUUUGGUUUUUGACAGCAAUGUAAUCUAUUUUUUUCUACUUGGUAUUGCUGGGUAACAGUUAAAUCCUUACUGCCACCUUAAGUGUGUCGUUUUGAAAUGACUUUCGCUUAACUGCCUUGCAGCUUAUUAGGCGAAGAAAUCCAAAGUCAUAGUUGCCAGCUGUGGAGUGGUGCCUCCUGAUAGAGAAGGCCGUGAGAGUUGGGAUCUGGGAUCAAAUAAGCCUUGGUGAGCAAUGCUAUGGUAAAGUUCUGGCACUUGAGCAACCUCACUUAAGCAGAAUCCUUCACGAUUAAGACCUGAAGGACAGUUGUGAAUGCCGGAGCUCUACAUACGCAGAGCUUCUAUUUCCUAUGCUUGUGGGCUUGAGAGGCCUGCAUCCGUAGCCUUACUGUAGAUACGGAUCUUCAAAAUUCUCAUUCUGGUGCUGGAGAAAAUCUUACAGUAUGUUCAAAGUAAAAACAAAUGUAUUUCCACUUUCUCUUGAAAUAAACCAUUUAAUACAACUGAUUUAUAAUUUCAAAAUAAGCAUGCUUAUUUUUUACAUUGCUUAUGUUCAUUGGAUUCAAAGAAUAAAGCUUAAUGAAG